AUGGAUAGGGACCAGGCCACGUCUGCGUCUGCACCUGCCAACCAGAAGGCUCCUGCGAAUUCGAAUCAGCAAGAUGACGGGAGGGAUGACGCGGAUCGAAAAAGGAAUAACAUUCGCAAAAGAACAAAGACUGGGUGCUUGACUUGCCGCAAGCGCAGGAUAAAAUGUGACGAAGGAAGACCGAUAUGCAACAACUGCAUCAAAUCCAAGAGACAAUGCGAGGGUUAUAACCAGCGAGUCAUCUUCAAACACCCAAUGGGCGCAAUACAGGGAGGCCCUUACGGUCCUGCUUACUAUCCCCACGGGUCUGCGCAUCUUGUUGGUAAUUUACAGCCAAAACCACCCUCGCAGGGUCUCUUGCCUACAAUUGCUCCCAAACCGCCUUCAUUUGACUAUAACGGACACCAACCAGCACCUUAUGGGCACUACGCCCACGGGCAAGGGGCUGCACAGACAUCCCCAAACCCAUACGACUUCAACUCUUCGGCGGCUGCCCAUCCAUAUGGCCAAGCCAACGGAAUGAUGGCCCCCGACCCCCCAAUGGCUUACAACAGGGCACAACAGGACCCUCGAGACCAGUACGGUAUGCUCCCUGGGCAAUAUGGCCCACCAUAUGCAAUUGAUGGCCAGGCGGACCCGUUGGCUGCUAAGAAGGGAAGCGUGGACAUGGGCAGAACCGAAUCCGAUCCAAGUAUCGAUUACGAAGACAUCGAUAUACCAGAGGAUGAUGCCUCAAUGGGCGAAUCGGAUGAUGACACACAGGAUCCUCGACAGGUUCUCGGACCUGUGAUGAAGCAAUUCAAUGGAACAUGGGACACGAACGGCACGAGAGUUAGGACCUUUUCGACGUUCGCUCAGUGUAACAUUCUGUCUGAUUACACAGCCACAGCCAGAAUAACGGAACUCAAGGACCCUGCAAUGUUGCAGAUUUUCAUGCACUUCAUCCAAGUCACGGGCCCAAGUAUGUCACUAUAUGAGAGGCAUCCUUUUGAUCACACCGGCGAGAACUCAUUCGACCCUACCCCUAAAGGCGCUAACAAUCUGUGGAGUUCCGCGAUGAAACACUACCACCUGGCGAUCCGAAGGAUAGCCAGGAAUGUCAACACACCCUUAAGACGAACACAGCCUGCGACAAUAGCUGCGACGCUAUUAUUGUCAUACUUUGAGGUUUGGUCAUCAGACCAUACAAAGUGGUGCAAUCAUCUGCUAGGAGCGCGGAUCUUGUUCAGCGAAAUACCUCUCAGAAAUAUGUCGAAGAAGUUCCUCCCAGUCAAGCGUUUUAAACAGGCAGAAAAGGAUGCACAAAACCAAAACCAAAUGGACAGCUUCUUCCCCGGUCUAAGCAUACCAUCUCAGAGUGAACUCAAUGAUCACGACUACGAUCUAUUACAAGCAAUUUCAGGCCAGAACAUCACAGCAGAGGACUAUGGGCUCGGGGAAAAUCAAGGUAUUGAUCUAUCGGAUUCAGUAACCGACAGAGACAUCGAGCAUUACGAGAACGUACGAGAUCUAUUCUGGUGGUACUGCAAGAUGGACGUGUACCAAAGCAUGCUGGCUGGCACUAGGCUAUUCAUGAACUACGAGUCUUGGUCUCAGUGUCCACCUCGAGCACCGAUAUCGAAACUUGAAGCGAUACUCGCAGAUUUCUCCUCCAAAGACAUUGCGCGAAAGAAACGAGCGAGUCAAGCCAGAGGCCCGCCCCCAGGAGCCCCAGGAAGUUCACCACCGCCGUUCAAUGGCAUAGUUCCCACCGAUGGGAACUUUCAGGUCCCAAGAGGUUUCACACCACCAAAAGAGUCAUCGCCCCAAAGCGACUCUUCAGAAGAUACAGACUUGGAUGAAAGUUAUCGUGUCGCUUUGGAUGAAUGGGAGUCUAUCAAGCGAGGAUUCGAAGCCUAUGAAAGUAAACUGGGACCAGAGUUCCAACCACUGAAGCCUGAAUUCUCAGACAAGCGAGACUCGCCAUUUGGUAUGACCAUGCAAUAUCGAACGUUCUCUGUAGCAGGAAUCUGGAUGAACUUUUACAUGGGCAUGAUCAACCUUGUGCGCUGCCACCCCUCUAUGCCUCCUGCGGCAAUGCAGGCGGCUGGCAUGGCAGCACCUCAGACGGGCCCCUAUUCCAACAAGCUGGGACGAAUAGCAGCUGGUUUGUCCGAAGACGUUUCGCAGGCGACAGAAAUUACCACCCUUGUCAGUGCUGCAUUUAUUGAGAGCUGCUUCUGCCUCUUUGUGGCAGCGAUAGAGUAUCGAGAUGAGAAACAGCGCCAUUGGGUGAUACGCCACUUGCGCGACAUCACUCGGUUGACUGGAUGGCAAUCAGCAGAACGCAUCGCUACGGGAUGUGAGUCUUCUUGGAUGAAGGCAGCGCAGCUUGGCCGUGGACCUCCUUACAUUCGCGCCCCAGAGACCGAACCAGUGCCUGUCGCAAGAUGGCAGGCCCCGCGCCAAAUCGACCGCUUCAUUCAAGAAGUUGAGACUGGUGAAAUCCGACGCCAGAUUCAUGUGCCCAAGGCCGAGCGAGCUCAGUUUGCACUGGGUCUACUGAGUGUCGAAAGAGAUUUUGAGGCUCUCGAUCUCAAGGAUGAUGAUUGA